GGCUCUGCCUUAACAUCGUAGGAAACACCCUCCUAGAAAUCUUGUUCAAGCAAGAUUUGCCAGAAACCACCACCUGCUCAAGUCAUCUUUUGCAAGUGGGGUCUUCUCAAUCUCUCUAUGCAAGGAAAAACAAAACAAAAAACACGCACCAGUACAAUGGGAUGUGGGGUGGUUAGAAGUUGCAUUAGCUAACCAAACGCCCUAUUUUUCCAAAUUACCAAACCAAUCAUUUUCACCUUCUCUUUGUCAGUCCAGCAUUCUUAUAGUCUAGGCAUCUUAGAGCUCAUGAUAGUGUUCUAGGUCCAUGCUUGAAGAAUGAAGACAAACCGGUCUUCAGUAGUGCUUCGUGAGAGGACCCAUGUCUUAGUGGACAGACAUGGGCUUGUCCCAUCAUUGAAAAAGUGAGAAUAUAUACUGUCAUCAUGCAAAUUUGAUCUCAAAAGCUCUAAUUUGCUGGCUUCUAUUUUAUUAACAAAGGUUGCCUUAUUAAUGUAUCCUUUUCCCCUUUCGAUUAACUACCUCCACCUCUCUUCCUCCCUCAAGUACCCCCCCUCCAUAAAUACAUUCAACUAGGCAUUUAACUCUUCCAUGAAACUUCAACUGAACUGGUCAUUACUUUCUACAUCCAGUCAUUUUUGAAUCUCGGAGACUGAUGGGCCUCCCUCAAUCCCCAACCCCUUCUCAUCUUUAUCCUCAAGAGCUUCAACUUAAACUCUACCAGGCUUUCAUAUUCUCAAUUCCUAUCCUCUUCUCCAUUAUUCUUUUUCUGUUGUUUUACUUGUUCUACCUCAAAAGAAGGACUCCCUCGCUUUCAUCUCCUCCACGUGUAAUUCAAAGGAGUUCCAGUCAAGCUACUCGAUAUCAUGUCUCCUCUAUUUAUCAGAAGGAAGAGAUUACAAACAAGCUUCCAACAGUCUUGUUUGAUGAAGAAUUAAGGACAAAGGACUCUCAAUGCUGUGUUUGCUUGGGCGAAUUCGAGAUCAAAGAGGAAUUGCUUCAAAUCCCAUCAUGCAAGCAUGUGUUUCACAUUGACUGCAUACAUCAUUGGCUGCACUCAAACUCAACCUGUCCGCUUUGCAGAUGUUAUGUCAUAUUCCCCGCCAACAUAUUUUGUACUAAUCCGCCACAAUCUAGUGGACCUGUGCUACUGCUGCAAUCUAGUGUUGGUGCAAACUCUCACCAGCCCCAGAAUAUAACAUCAGAACUGCAGCAACAACAAGAUGUUGGUGCUGGAUCGACAGAACAGCUUGUGAUACCUAUGGAAGAACCAUCAAGUGUGACAUCACAAUUGAGGGACUCUUCCAGGUUACCUGAGCUAUCCAUUUCCAUGGAGAAUGGAAGGGGAUCUCCAAAUGGAGAAUCUGUUAUUCUUCAUAUCCAAAGACACAGUACAUGAAGAAAAUUCUUGCCUCUAUACGAAGUUGAAAUAAAUAGAUAGGCAAAUGUUCUCAAGGCAGAACACCAAAUGGCAUGCGCAUGCUUUCAGUUAGCUGCGUAAUUCUGUUUUGAGAAUUUCUUGAAAGGGGUUAGAUAUCAAAAGGCCGGUCACUAGUAAUAGUGUUGGUGAAAUCACAGAUGAGGCCAGCCUUGUACCGAGAUCCGGAUUGAGCUCAUUCCAUGUCAUUAAAUGCAGAAAUUACACGAGAAGCAUGCGAAAAGAUGAACUUUUUUGCCCGUAAAUAUAGUGAAAUUUUGUGGCAGCAUCA